ACUUCAAGCUACUGACGCUUACACCACAGUAGGUUGUUUACCCGCGGUUGUUUUAUUUCAACAAUCAUAAUAAUGGACGGAAACAUUUGCAACAUCCAGGUGCUUCUUCGGGCUGCUGAAUUUCUGGAAAGAAGAGAAAGAGAAGCAGAACACGGAUAUGCUUCAGCCCUGCCUCUAAGUCCAGAUCCCUCUGACAAGAGAAGCAAGAAGAAUAAAAAGAUAUCUCCUGGUGGCAAUAGGUCAGUUCACAACGAGCUGGAAAAAAACAGACGGGCUCAGCUGAGGUACUGCCUGGAGCAACUCAAGAAGCAAGUUCCUCUGUCAUCUGACUCGAUGAGGAAUACCACGCUCAACCUGCUGAGACGAGCACAACUUCACAUAAAGAAGCUGCAGGAGCAGGAUGAGCGUGCAGAGCAGGUGAAGGGUCGCCUGCGCUGGGAGCAGAGAGAGCUGCGGGUUCGGCUGGAGCAGCUGCAGAGAGGAACAGAGAGGAUGAGGAACGACAGUCAGGGGUCGACCAUGUCCUCCGAGAGGUCCGACUCCGACAGAGAGGAUGUGGAGGUUGACGUGGAAAGCAUCGUGUUCGACUGUGUGGACUCUGAUGGACUGAGCAUUGCGCACACUGGUGCAGACCACUGUUACUCCAGCAUGGACAAAGCCUGGCUAUGACGGCAGUAAACAUACGGUAACUCGUUUCAUGUCACUAGGCGGACAGGAGGAGGAGAAAAAAACAUUCCAAAAAGAAGCCAACGGAGGAACAGGGAGAAUCGAGAAAGAUGUUACUGUACAACUCAACACAGUUUUUUAUGUACAGAAGGAAUAAUUUUUGACAUUCUCUUUUCACAAUAUGUCAGACUACAAGCUAAACGAUAAUGCUCUGAAUGAGCUGUGUCCAUUUUGCACUGAAUAGCAGUUAAAACCUCUGGGCUGGGAUGGAUGUAACAUACGCAUAUACAGUAUAUUUUCUAGGCAUCUCUCUCCUAAGCCACAACAUGUCUGUAACUUAAUCUGCUCAUUCAUCUUUACAGGGCUUAUCAUUUGUCUUUAAGGGCUUUUCAAAAUCAAAAUAGGGGCUUUUUAUUCAAGCCUUUUAACUUAUUAUUUACUUCAGUAUGUACUGUACUGACUUCUGCCUUAAAUCAGAUUUGGUCUAGUAUCCCAUACAGCUUUCUUUAGCACUAAGUUCAUUUUUCAGUAAUGCCACGUGUAGCAUGCACUUAAACAUCACUCCGUGCUAUGUUUUUCAUGAUUGUCCUAUUAUGUAAGUUCAGUCCUGUAUUUUCCUUUUGUUGCACAAAACGUCCACUCGUAGCACUUGUUUUGUCUCAAAAAGAUUGUGGGUAUAUCAAAAAUGAAAACAGCGAACAGAAUGAACUGGUCAUAUUUGCACAUUUAUAUGCAGCAAUUAAGUAACUGUGGCAAUUAGUCAUUUGGUGUAUUUGUACACAAUUCAGUUUGUGAUCAAGUGCAAGAAUUUUGGUGCCUGUGUUAAAAUAGUGAAAGCAUUUGGAGAGAGGUAUUAUGAGUUGCAGUUUUAUUCACUAAUAUUAACUUCUUAGAAGUGUUCAUUAUCACAACUGUACACUUCAUUGCUUGUGCAUUUCUUGAUAUAAAUGUUAAUUAUGCAUGCAGCAAAUUCACCACAGUCAGGCAGGUAAUGUCAACUUGUAGUAAUUAUGCAAUUUAUGCUGUAUUACAAGUAUGUAUCAUAUUCAUUGCUAUAUAUUUAAUAACUGAAGGUGCUUUUUCCUUCACUUUUGUAUAUGCAAGAUGCCUUAUUACCUUUUAAUAGUAUGUAUGCAUUCAUCUGUCUCUUCGCCCAGUAAUAUAAUGUAGCAUUUUUGUACUGGUGUAAGCUUUUUUAUUGAAUAAAUAUUUUCUAUAUUUAUGUGCUGUUUCAGAUUUUUACUGGACCUUGAGACUUUUUGUUCUGCUUGUCCUUUUGGACAUAGUUAAUUGAAAAUUGGACAAAGACAGUAUCUUAAGUUCAAA